AUGUGCACCGCGCUAGAGAGAAAUGGAAUGGGAGGUUGUGCUGCGAUAGGCGUGGAGGUGUUUAUGGCUUGCAGUGGUUCCAACGUGAAUGCUGAGCUUGUUGAGGAUGCUGGAUGGGUUGAACUUCAAGGAAUUUGUUGCCUUCUUGUCCGCCUUCAGUCCCCUGCCACUUUCCACCACAAAAUUGAGUCUAAGCAAGUCUAUGAUUCCGAUUGCAAUGGAAAAGUAACCUUCCAUGACAUGCUGAGGGCUUUAAGGGAUUUGAGUGGACCCUUCAUGUCUGAUCAACAGAGAGAGGAAGUUCUGACACAGGUCCUUGAGGAAGCUGGCUAUGCAAAGGAUUGUUCAUUAGUCUUGUCUGACUUCAUGAAGAUUCUUGGCAAUUCGGGUUUGAAGAUGGAAGUAGAGGUUCCGGUGGAUUAG